UAAACAUACAAAGAAUAAUCCACCAACAUGGAUCACUGUUGUCUCGUUCCUUUGUGUGCUUUUUACACUGUCUGCUCACAAGGUCCCAUCAUUGAAGUAUGAGCUCAGGGAGCAUAACACAGUUUGUAUUCAGUCUGUGUGACAGGCGGCAAAGCAGCAAUCUUGUCUGUCGAAAGACAAUAAUUCCACUCAGCUGCCAUGUUGUGCACACAAAUGUGCUAUGCGAUAUUGGUCCUGAAAUUUGUCACCUCUCAAAGUGAAAUUUAAAGUCUGUGAAGAUCCUCCCAGGAUAUUUGAUUUUUAAUGCACACUUUACACCUCCCAGAGUCUGCUUGUGCUCUCACACUUGUACGGAUACUGUUUUAAUUUUAACAUGUGAUUUUUAUUACUUUUUUAAAAAUCUAUUCAAUCAGGAAAGACACAAAUUAACAUUAAUGGUGAAAGUUUAUUUAAUAAAGACUUUGGCAUUGACGCUGUCGAUUAAGGAGAUGUAUGGCGAUAGAGCCCUAUGAAUAGCAGCCAUUCUGAGAACCCCCGAGGGAGCCUUAGAUGGGGCCUUAACACUGGAACACUGGUGGUGGUGCAGUGGUGGAAGGGCGAAGUUGCAAGCAGCAUAGACAGCAAUGACAGCAGAGAGAGACAACAUAGGUGGUUUAAAUAUUCUUUAGAAAAGACGAUCACUGGAUGAUAUAAGCCUGCACACAGCCCCGGUGAAAUCAUUGGACAGUUGUGGAGAGGUGGAGUCUCAGUGAGGUGACGAGAUAAGGCUGGCUCGAGUCUUCCCGCUCGAGCUUAUGCUAAAAGCUUCAUUUGUUGAUUUUACACAUGAUGACAAUUACACAACUUCAUCCUCCCACUGCUGCUUCAAAGAGAAAUCUACAUUUCAUCCAGAGUGUAAAUAAUUAAUCGACUUCUUUAGACAGUUGAAAGAAAAUGUAUCUGCAACUGUUCUGAUAGUCAAUUAGUUGUUGGAGUCAUUUUUCAAGCAAAAAUUAUAAACAUUGUUUGGGUUCGAGCUUUUCCAAUGUGACAUUUUUCGGCUGUUCUCUAAUCUAUAUUAUUGUAAAUUGAAUAUCUUUAGGUUUUGGGAUUUCUUUCAGAUGAGGCAAGUACAUGUCACCUUUGUCCCUGUGAAACUGUGAUCUGCUUUUUUUCACUAUGUCCUGACAUUUAAGCAAUUAAUUGGUCAACUGAGAAAAUAAUAGACUAAUCGAUGAUGAAAAUAAUCGUUAGUUGCGUCCAUCUUCAGGAAAUGACUUUUAUCACAGAUUAGUUACAAGAAAAACAAAGUCAAAGCACACCAGCCAUACACAACUCCAUAUCCACAUGUGCACAACCAUCCAUGUCUAAACUAAACAGACAGGUCAGACAAAAAUCCAUUAUAAUCACUCCACAAUGUCAGUGCAGAUGUAUCCUUGACAAAGUCACAGCAAGUAAAAAAUACAUGUAAAAAGCUGAAUAGGUGCCACAUGCGGGCAUUAGGCUACUUUCUUGGAGAGGCUUUCUGCAUUGUAAUAGUUGCACUCUGCUUUAGGGUUUGCAUUACAGUCAAGUCUUGAGCUUUUUAGCCAAUGUUCUCCAUGAUUGAAAUUCUCAGUCAGCCAUCAAUCUGCAUUAUAGACUGGUUUCCCCUUGUCUGGUGGGGGCUAACUGAAACAGAUUGAGACAGCUCUUGCUCACUGCAUCACUAAUGGCUGCCGAUGAAAGACGUCUCUGUGCAGUUGACCCGUAUGUGGAACAGGAUCACGUCGCAGCUCGGAGCGAACACAGCUCAAUAUAGGCAGUCUCUUCAGCAUCAGUCACCAGUCAACAGCAUCCUCAUCCUAUUGACAAAAUGUUGCCCAGGAAUAGAAUCUAAUCACAGGGUUUGGACGGGCUCUAGUUCUCCUAAUGGUUUACCAUUAGCUGACUGGAACAAAGCCCAAAGUAUAGAGAAAUAUAGCAACAUAGGCCAUUCCAGGGUGUCUGGUAAUAAUGGCUUCUCAAUUAUUUCCAUGGCACCUGCAUACUCCUCUGUGCCUAUACAACAGCAACCAGAAGAGGGUGAUAGAGAAAAUUAUAAAUUGCUCACCUCUAUCCUUCUCAUUACUUUCUGUCGGCCAACCAGGAGCACAUUAGGAACAUUAGGUCAUUUGUUUUUCAAUAUUAAGUUAUUAACUUAUCAUCAUUAGUGUAGUAUUUUGUUUACAAUGUACUUAUAAAAGAAACGGUUUCUUUUUCUUGUUUUUGGCAAAAAUUAAACAUCCAGGAAGCCUCAUUAUUAUGAAAUUAAUGAAGUCAAAAUCAUUAAAGCCGUUUCAAUGAUAUGAAACAUGAUUUAAACUGUAAAAGAUGGCCUUUAGCACAUUUCUUGGUAUUAGUCUUGUAUCAAAUAUGCAUGCAUGUCUGCACUGUCUUAUAUUUUCAGGGUUGGCGAGGCCUGUGGUAGUGGGGUCCAAUGUGACAUCUUUUCAUGGGGUCCAAAAUCCCUGGCAGCAGCCUUGAAGACAUCCCUCCAUUAAUCUGAGGAAAGCUAAAAUCAGAGGAAUAUGCAUCUUCUCCAUUCAUCUGAUGCAGGACUGCAGCCUAAGUGAAACCAUUUCCGAGGCAUUUAGCAGGCGGGACACAACAGAGUCAUUACCUGCAUGGCAUAAUUGACAGUGAACACAGGCAAUCCUGUUAAUUGAUUACCUAGGCCCGCACUAAUGGAAAAUGCAAAGCCUCAUUGUAUCUUCCAUAAAGCCCCUGUCAGGAACAUUUCCACACAAAGACGCCUGGAAGCAGACCCAAUAAUGUCUUGCCCCCGGGGGACCUCAACAUCUGAAGACCUUUCAGACUGUUUUAAUCCAGUGCAUAAGCACCUAAAGGAUGAUGGUGUGGUCAAAUGUUUCAUAGAGACACUGUAGCCUAUCUGGCACGGAGCUGAUCAAAAACAGAAUUAAGAACCCCAAGGGGAGCACGCGCCUCUACAGACAUAUAACUUAAUUAAGAGUAGGCUACACCCAGUUGCUGUUUUUUUUCUUUCUCCCAUCCAGGUUGAGAUGAGGAUGCGGGGGUUUGGGCCCCUCUCCCCUCUCGUGCAGGAUUCAGCCUCCAGCUCCUCCUCUGAUGCAUCGUUUGCAUCAGUAGACUUUGGAGCACUUGUCCGCGCGCUGCUGCUGCACCUCCCCACAGUGCAUUCACGGACUCCACUUUACCAGGUGAUGACAGACAGACGCUCAAGAGUGAAGAUGAUGUGUUUGUAACACGCCUGAAGUCGGAAUUAACGUAGAAUGGAGACGCGCCUCGGUUACUGCCUUUUUAUCAUUUUCUCUGAGUGGAUUUGGCUCUUCACCCUAACUUCCAUCCUGGGCGGAACAAAAGCGGAGGUGAGGUGCAUUCCCUCGUGCCAGCUGCCGCUAGUCACAGCGUUUCCCCGGGAACUCUCGGCGCAGGAAUUGGAUCAUUUUGGCGAGGCACCAGCAGAAGAAUUUGUUGGAUUUAACGAGGGGUCACCGGGCGCCAAACCCAGCGCCGGCGGGGACGAAAAGCACAACGUUGCGGAAUUAACCGCGAGCGAAGAAAGUUCGUCCAAAGUACAGUCACGGUUACGGGGAAAUAAAACAAGUUGCCUCCAGAAGGACGUGUUAAACGGCCAACAAAAACUUUCCCACUCCAAAGUGUUUCCUCGCGCGUUUAGCCCUUUCCCUAAAAACGUGACCGAUAACAGCAGCGGUGAUGCAAAAAACAACAGCUUUUAUGGAGAAAAUGGGGCGCAGGCUGAUGUGACGGUGAACGAGGACAAGGAUGUGGCCAGUUGGAGACGAACACGGAGGAGCGCAGAGACUUGGUCCGGAUUCAGAGCCGAGGGCGGGGAUGAGGCUUCGUUUUCGGACCAGGAGGAGUUUCAGCUCACAAGUUCGACAUUUGCACUGAGCGGGGACACGGCUCAUAACCAGGCGAUGGUGCACUGGUCCGGACAGAACAGCAGCGUGAUCCUCAUGUUGACAAAAUACUACGACUUCAACUCUGGCAGAGUAACAGAGAGUUCUUUAUGGAGGUCAACUGAUUAUGGGACCACAUAUGAGAAACUUAAUGAGAAAGUUGGGCCAAAAACCAUACUGAGCUACUUGUACGUAAGUCCGAACAACAAAAGGAAGAUCAUGUUACUGACCGACCCGGAGGUGGAGAGCAGCCUGCUCAUUAGUCUUGACGAGGGGGCGUCCUAUCAGAAACACAGCUUAGCCUUUGAUAUCCUCAGCCUGCUUUUUCACCCGGAGCAGGAAGACUGGAUUUUGGCUUACAGCCACGACCAAAAGCUCUAUGUCUCUGUUGAGUUUGGGAGGAGGUGGCAGCUUGUGCAUGACGGCGUCGUCCCCAACAGAUUCUACUGGUCCAGGCUGGGUUUAGAUAAAGAGCAAGGAAUGAUUCAUCUGGAGAUCAGUGUCUCUGAUGGACGGUCACAGUACAUAACUUGUAAACUUCAGAACUGCUCUGAUGGAAACAAGGGCAAGCCUUUCCCUGGAUUUAUCAUCCCUAAUUCCCUGGUGGUUCAGGAUGAAUACGUUUUCAUCCAGGUGCCAAUAGGUGGCCAGUCUGUCCAUUAUGUGUCCUAUAAAAGAAAUGCUUUCUACCCGAUGAAGCUUCCUAAGUACACUCUGCCAAAGGAUUUGCAGAUAAUCAGCACAGACGAUAACCAGGUGGUUGCAGCAAUUCAGGACUGGCACCAGAAUGACUCCUACAACCUGUACAUGUCUGAGUCCAGAGGACUGCUGUUCACCCUGAUGCUGGAGAAUGUUGUGAGCAGUGGAGGACCUGAGGGCAACAUCAUGAUAGACCUGUAUGAGGUUGCAGGGAUUAAAGGGGUGUUCCUGUCAAAUAAAGUUGUUGAGAACCAAGUGAAAACUUAUAUCACAUACAACAAGGGGAGAGACUGGCAUCUUCUUCAGGCUCCAACAACCGAUCUCCAGGGAAACAAGGUCUAUUGUGAACAACCGUUCUGUUCGUUACAUCUGCACCUUCAUGUGUCGGAGAAUCCUUACACCUCGGGAAACAUUGUCAGCAAAGACUCAGCUCCAGGAAUUAUAAUAGCAUCGGGUGUGGUUGGACCUGAGCUGACCAGUACUAAUGUCAGUAUUUUCAUCACAUCUGAUGCUGGAAAUACCUGGAGAGAGGUUUUUCAGGAGGAGUACAGUGUGUUUUUCUUGAAUCAAGGAGGAUCUCUUGUGGCCAUCCGACACACACCUCUGCCAAUUAGACAUAUUUGGCUGAGUUUUGAUGAGGGCAGAAACUGGGACAAAUAUAGCUUCACCUCCUCUCCUCUCUAUGUUGAUGGGGUGCUGGGGGAGCCUGGAGAGGACACCCUCAUCAUGACAAUAUUUGGUCAUUUCAGUCAUCGAUCCGAGUGGCAACUUGUCAAAAUUGACUUCCGGUCCAUUUUCCAACAAUGGUGCACAUCUGAAGAUUAUCUGACAUGGCAGUUACACAGUGAGGGGGAAGUAUGCAUCAUGGGAAUGAAGAGAAUCUUCCAAAAACUGAAAGCAAACGUUCGAUGUGUCAAGGCCAGAGAUCAGUAUAUUUCCCAGAUGUCAGACUCUUGCCCAUGCACAGAGGCAGAUUUUGAGUGUGACUACGGGUUUGAGAGGCAGAUUGAUGGGAGCUGCACUCCGGCUUUCUGGUUCGUUCCUUCAGCAGCGUCUAGAGACUGCAUCACGGGGGACAGCUUCCUCAACACCACAGGAUAUCGCAAGGCUUUGUCUAACAACUGCACCGAAGGAACUCUGCUGAAGUACAGCCCCAGGCGACAGAAGUGUCCCAGUCAGGUCCCCAGGGGCCUCCAGCUCUUCACCAGCGAGGGAACCCUGGUAGCGACGCUGGGGAGGAAUGUCACCUUCUUGGUCUUUCUGGAAGAGGGUCUUGGCUUCACAACAAGUAUAACAGUGGACUUCGGCGACGGGACCGCCAUAUCGUAUGUUAACAUAAGCUCCAUCGAUGACGGGGUCAAGCAUAUCUACAGUAAAGUUGGCAUCUACCUAGUUUCUGCAACAGCAAGCAACACUCUUGGCUUUGACAGGGUGAUACUGUACCUUCACAUCUCAUGUCAACUUGAACAGGUCCAGCUCUCGGCUCCUUCAGUGGUCGUCAAGAACAAAGCAGUAAAUCUCACCACAGUGUUACAGCCCAGCAACGUGGGGACAGUCAUCUAUUACUGGUGGUUUGAUAACAAAACAGAGCCUGUUGUCACCCUGGACGGAGCGAUGUCCUUCACUUUCUCCAAGGAGGGAAGCCACAGUGUCACUGUUCAGGCUUCAGUUGGCAACACUGUCCAUCAGGACCAAAUGACUGUGGCAGUUUAUGAUUAUUUCCGAUCACAUGUUUUGGCCUUUUCUUCUAAUUUGGACGAGAUGAACCCUGGGGUGUCUGAGUGGAGAGAGGACAUCUGCAGAGUGGUGAAGAGCUCCAUGGUUCAGGUCACAGGAAUCAGUGAGGAUCAGCUCCUGGUCACCGUACUACCGGGCUUACCAACCACGGCCGAGGUUUUCAUUGUGCCUGAGAAGAGGUCAAGAGAUGGAGCCACGGAUGAAAAGUGGGCCCACCUGGAUCAGCUUUCUCAGGUUCUGCUAAGUGCUCUGAACCAAGACCUCAUCCAGUUCACACUCAAACCGGGGGUGCAGGUGAACGUGUAUGCCACGCGGCUGUCUCCGGCUCCUCUUGUGGACAGCAGUGAUAGUGGCCACAGCGGCACUGCAGUCAUCAUGCUCGUCUCAGUCGUACUGAUGGGCUUGGCCGUCUUUGUAAUAUAUAAAUUUAAAAGGAAGAUCCCAGGCAUCAACACAUACACAGCGGAGCAGCCUGACAAAGAACAAGAGGUCAUCCCAACAGUGACCUCCAUAGCAGUCCCAAACCCUGAGGGGGAAAAGCUGACCUCACUGGAUCGUGUGGAUGUACAGUUGGACUCAAAAAGCAGAGGCUACCUGCCAUCUCACACAGACAUCAAGCUCUCUGAUGAAGCGCCCCAUGUGUUUUAAUGUUGAGAGUCUAUGACCGACUCAAAAGCAAUACAUCUUCUUUGGCAGUUACUUCCAGCAAGCUAUGAAACCACGGUCACAAUGAAUGGUCUCGAGUGUUUUGCUACCCAUGCAUGGAUGGACCAGUUCACACUGUGCUGCCUAAUCCCUCUGAGGAGACUGUACAGAUUUAUACUUGCGUCUUGAAAAGGGACACUUUUUGACUGAAAAUACUUGUAUUUUUGCAAGGACAAUGAUCUUUUUAUGUAAAUAAUGUACAUCCAUAAUGGAAGAAGUAAAAGUUAUUUGUCUCAGCUAGUUACAGCUGCGUCUGCUCAAAUAUGAAAAUGUCAAACAGCGGAACAGAAGUGAUGUGUAAUAAUGUCUCAAAAUAUGCUUUGAUUUCUGUUCUUCGGGCUUGUGUUUGUGAAGUUUACUUUGUUUAACUAUGUGGAAAUAGCUUAUCUGAGUGAGACAGUGAGGGACACAGAUUCAUUAAGCUCUGUACAAUCAGUAAAUCUUAUCACCAGAGUCUCAUCAAAUGAAAGCUUGCAAUAUCCAGGAGAUGGAGGAGGGCUUCUAGUCCCAGAUCUGUGUAUUCCAUCAAGUCUGUCUCUUUCCCGCUCAAAAUAUUAUAUGUGUCAUAACAAAAAUAAGAACAGCAGAUUAAAGUGGGUGUACUAGAUAGGUGUAUACAGUCGAUGAGAAACUGAGCAAUCCCUCUUGUUUAGGAGACUUAAAUAAGUUAUUUUAGUGACACUGGAAUGAAUGCUAGCAUCAUAAAUGUUAAACCUACUUUAAAACAGAUUACACAAAAAAAAUCCUUGAAUCUGAAUCAUGCAUAUGGAAUAUUAUUGCAGCAGCAUUCUUGUAUUUGAUUGAUUUACAGUCAAUUUGACUGUUAAACAAUGCAAUGACUUUUAAACUUGUGCUCCAUAUUUAUUUGAUGCCAGGAGCAUUUCUUGUACAUUCUGGUUUCUAGAUGGGAAAACAAAAUGUGAAUCUUCUGAAUAAUUACUGUGUUAACAAAGAGACACUUGCUGUAAUGCAGUAAAAAAAAAAAAAAAAAGAAAAAGUGCCACAGUCUCACAUUAGUUUUAAUUAGUUAUUAGUUCAAGGUUUAUUCGCUACUAGAUUUACAACCAGACAUUUUAAAAAAGAUGCCUUGACACAGUUACAAGAUAUUUCUGAAGCUUUUGUUGUUUUUCUUUGAACUGAUCUCACUGUGAAGGUUGUGGUGCCCUCUUAAAGGUAAAGUACAACAUUGAAACAGCACCAGGUUUGAAUGGAAACAUGCUCUUUUUUUGGGGGGGUUGUGUUGAAAUACCUUUUAUUUAUUCUUGACUGUUCAUAUUAGCCACAUUGAUACCAGCAUCUCCACCUGACAUUUCCUCAGUUUACAGUGAAGCAGAGGAGCCUGCAGUCUGUGUGCUAGGUUUGCCCCCAAGGACUCGGCGGACAAAAGGCUGAAGAUUUGUUCAUCUCCUUUGCUGCGAGGGACGCAGAGAUAGAGAAGACGUAUCUCCUGUCAACAUGGCUCAGCCUACGCACAGAGCUUUGGUCAGCUGCUGUCUCUUUGGGAUAAGUACUGAAGUUCUUCUUCAUCAAACUUUUCUUUUUAAAUGUUGUCAGCAUCAUAUGUCAGUAAGACAAAUUGACUAGAGGCUUCUCCAUACUUCUUCCCUCCAAUCCUCCGAUUGAGCCUGAAGCAUAAAUAAACUCGUACUCUUCAUCAGACGAACUCUGCCUCUCCACGCCGAUCAUCAGAAGAGUUUUAUUUUGUGCUUGAUAUUUAUUUAACAGAAUUUUUUUUUGUAGUCCCACUAAUCAACCUGUGAAUACGAUUGUGAACAUAUUUGCAUGAUGUUUUUUUUUCGAUCUUUCAACUUAAAUACUUAAAAUAUGUCUUAAUUAAGAGAAAAAUGAAAUGUUAGAAAUGUGAACUGCGGUAUUUUCCAUUUCUCAAGAGGCUAGACGACUCAUUCAUUACAAGUGAUGUGAUUAUUCAGUGGGUUGUUACUAUGUUCUUCAUUUGACCUUGCAGAAGUAACCAUGGUUGCAGAAUAAAGCAGAAACACAAACAUUAA